AUACCAAUAUUAUUUCCAUAAAACUCAUCUACAUCAAUAUUUUUUUCGUAUCUAUUACUUUCUUUGUAAUUUCUUUCACAAAUGGGUCCUUUCUUUUCACUUUCCUGUGCCGGAAAAUGGCUUGGACUGGUGGCUGCUAUUUGGGUUCAGGCCAUUUGCGGCAACAACUAUACAUUUGCCAAUUACUCCGAUGCAUUGAAAUCGCUUAUGUCCCUUACUCAGCUGCAGCUCAACAACCUUUCUGUCGCUAAAGACGUCGGCAAGGCUUUUGGGCUCGUUGCCGGGUUUGCUUCCGAUUGUUUACCGACGUCGGUUUUACUUAUUAUCGGAUCGGUCGAAGGGUUCAUAGGAUAUGGAGCUCAAUGGCUUGUUGUUAGCCAGCGAAUUCAUCCACUUCCAUACUGGCAGAUGUGUAUGUUUCUAUGUAUGGGAGGCAAUAGCACUACAUGGAUGAACACUGCAGUUCUGGUUACUUGUAUGCGAAACUUCCCGAAAAAUCGAGGCCCGGUCUCGGGGAUCCUUAAGGGCUAUGUCGGACUCAGUACCGCAAUCUUCACGGAUAUAUGCACAGCUCUGUUUUCUUCGGACCCUUCAACGUUUCUCUUCAUUCUUGCCGUUGUUCCGGCCAUCGUUUGUCUUACCGCUACAUUUUUCCUCCACGAAAUCCCAACCCCGACUUCCAACCCGAGCGAACUCCGGCAAGAAACGCUGUAUUUCCACGUCUUCAAUGGCAUUGCUAUCAUAUUAGCCGUCUAUUUAUUGGCCUUUGAUAUCACCGGCAAUCACGGCCGGGUUUUAUCGUUGGCAUUUGCGGUAGGACUCCUUGUCCUACUAGCAACUCCAUUGAGUGUACCAUUGUAUUCGUUCAUAUCUAAACCAUUGUCCGAUUCAGAUAUCGAGCGGCCGAUGAAAGUGUCGUUGUUAGCGGACCAACCAAAGACGACGACAACAACAACAACAGGUGUUGAGCUGCAGUAUCUCGAACGAAAACGACCGUCGAUCGGGGAAGAUCAUACGAUCGUCGAGAUGAUACGAACAUUUGAUUUUUGGGUAUUGUUCGUCUCGUUUCUUUGCGGUGUCGGAACCGGGAUGUGUGUGAUGAACAACAUGGGACAAAUGGGGAUAGCUCUUGGCUACUUGGAUGUCUCCAUUUUCAUCUCUCUUACAAGCAUUUGGGGUUUCUUCGGACGCAUUGCUUCGGGUUUAAUAUCAGAAUACUAUAUCUGGAAAUUUGGAACACCAAGGCCACUAUGGAACGCAGCAUCACAAGUUCUAAUGGCGAUCGGCUAUAUCGCCAUGGCCUUAGCCCUACCCGGCUCACUAUACAUCGGCUCUAUCCUGGUCGGAAUAUGUUAUGGGGUUCGCCUGACAAUUACAGUUCCAGUUGCCUCAGAGCUGUUUGGUCUGAAGUACUAUGGUCUUUUGUACAACAUCCUUAUCCUCAACCUUCCUUUAGGUUCCUUCCUUUUCUCUGGUUUGCUUGCUGGGUAUUUAUAUGAUGCACAAGCCACCGUCGUUGACGGCGGAGGUAACACUUGUGUUGGGGCUCAAUGUUAUUGCCUUGUGUUUGUGAUUAUGGCUUUAACAUGUGUUGUUGGGUUGGGAUUGGAUGUUUUGCUGGCUGUUAGGACAAGAAAUGUUUAUGUUAGGAUUCAUGAAAGUAAACGAGCCAUUGCUGUAUCUGCAACAGAUUGUUCUUCAGCAAAAUAUUGAUUGAAUCUUGGGUUAUUUAUUUA